AUGCCAACCAAGCUCAUGAUGUUCUUUGUGGCGCUGGACUUCAUCUUCGCUGGAUGUGGAGGACUACUACUAGGCUUCUCCCUGAUGUCUGAGCAGCGCAUGCGAGAGUCUCCGAGGGUAGACAACGUCGCCGAAAAUCUGCUGCUCGGCCAAUGUCCACUGACAGCCGGCGUCGUAAACGCGGUCUUCAUUUUCGUCACUUUCCUGCUGUCUCUACCUGCGCUCUUUCUCCCAAUGAACAAAGGCUGGCUACGUACGCAAGGCUGGCUGGUUGUCGUCUGCGCCACCUUUACUCUUGGUCUCGGUAUUGCAGUGUGGGUAGACACCCUGCAGACCCGUGUCGAACUCAGCGAGAUCUGGCAGCGAGAGACACCUCUCAUUCAGAGUCUGUUGCAGCAAAAGUUUAAUUGCUGCGGAUACUUUAACUCGACUUCACCUCCGUUUGUCCAGGAUGGUAUUUGCAUCAACUCGCUCGUUGCUGCGCAAAAGGGCGGCUGCAUCGGACCUUUCUCGUCCUUCGCCAACAGGUACCUUGAUCUAAUCUUCACUGCUGCAUUCGGUAUCGUCGGUGUCGACGCCCUUCUUGUGUUGUGCGUCGCAAUGGUUCUCCAGUACAGGUCAGAACAGGAGCGCUACAGGCAUAUUGACGAGAAGAAUGGUCUCGGUGGAUUGUAG